CUUAUUGUUGCUGAAGAACUUCUUCUGCUCUGACUAGGAGGCUGGUUAAACAUAUCACUACUCUGAAAACGAAGCGAUGUCGUUUUGUUCUUUCUUCGGUGGGGAGGUCUUCAAAGACCAUUUUAAACCAGGGAUUUAUGUUUGUUCCAAGUGUGAUCACCGGCUGUUCUCUAGCCACUCCAAGUAUGAGCACUCCUCUCCCUGGCCGGCCUUCACAGAGACCAUCCAGGAGGACAGUGUGUCCAAACAUGAGGAGAGACCUGGAGCAUACAAGGUGCGGUGUGGGAAGUGUGGAAAUGGACUGGGCCAUGAGUUUGUGAAUGACGGUCCAACCAGAGGAUUGUCUCGCUUCUGAAUAUUCAGCAGCUCACUGAAGUUCGUCCCUAAAGAUAAGGUUGAUGGACAGUAAGGUGAGCUGGUAGUGGUACGUGUUGCUGGACUUUGUGCUCCUGAAGGUGCAGUCAGUGGAUGAAGAGUUCUGGGAUAAAGCCCAAUCUGGGAGGACCAGGCCUCUGAUGAAUGGUGGCCUCACUGAACAGCAAGAACAGAGGACGGGUCUCAUCACCUUUUUAUUAUAUAAUCAUCACAGACUCAGUAACCGGGAUAACCUCACUGACAACACACAUCACUAUCUCAUCAGUUUUACAUUGUUCGAGACUUCUCAUGGUUCUGUAAGCUAUUUCUUACCGAGAGACUAAAGGUGUUUUUUUUUUUUUGUUUACCGUCACAGUUUUUUCCUGAACCUCUACUGCUUUCUCAAAACUGUGAAGGUAAAUGAACAAAUAUACCAGAAAGACAGCAUCUUACAAAACUGAUUCUACGACUAGAUGAACCUUUUCCAAAGAUACUCAUGAUCUUCUUUAUAUUAAUUAGUAGAAAAUGACAAAAUAUAAAUGCUAUUUUCAAUAAAUAGAAUAAUGUUGAUGCAGUCUACACCCCUCUUCAAGAGCUUUAUGUGAAUGUAUCAAAAUUAAUAAUAUGCAAAAAAUUAAAUAAAUAUAUUUUAAAUAAUAAAAACAAU